AAUGUUAUUGAAUCACUCCGAAAUAGCCGAAACGACGUAGGACGGUCUGACUUAGCAAGCCGAUACAUUGGAAUCUGCAGUCUUACUCCCCGACACACCGGGCUCCGUGUCGGUGUCCCUUCCCUGCAGCCUACUCACCGAGUCCCCGAUAUUUCGGUUGCUGUAUCGAACAAAGAGAGAAGAAUGGUCUUUCAUUUUCCAGAGGUUUUGACUUUUCUUGGGAUGGACGGACGGUGGAGAAUCAACCGGUUGAAGCUCCGCAUGGCGGUGUUCAUGGUGGUGCUAUCACUGUUUACCAGGAAUCUGAGUCUAUGUUCAUCUCUGAACGACGAAGGUUUGGCGUUGUUGAGGUUCCGGGAUGGAGUGGUGAGAGACCCGUUAGGGGCUUUGUCGGAUUGGAAUGAUAAUGACGGAGUGGUUGAUCCGUGUUCUUGGUUCGGAGUUGAGUGCUCGGAUGGAAAAGUGGAGAUCUUAACUUUGAAGGAUCUUUGUCUUGAAGGAACAUUGGCUCCUGAACUGGGGAAGCUGGCUUACAUAAAAUCUAUUAUUUUACGCAACAAUUCUUUUUCUGGGAAUAUCCCAAAAGAGAUUGCAGAAUUGAAGGACCUCGAGUAUUUGGACUUGGGAUACAAUAACUUUACUGGAUCAUUUCCAUCUGAUUUUGGCAAUAAUCUUUCCCUGAUUACCCUUUUACUUGACAACAACAAGUUCCUUGGUACCAUAUCUCCUGAACUCUAUGAACUUAAGACGCUUUCCGAGUCUCAGGUAGAUGAUAACCAGCUAACUGGUACUCCUUUGAGAUCAUCUUGUAACAGCAGAUCUUUCACUUGGAACACUGUCAAAUUUGGAGACGAAGCUUACCGAAGGAAGCUGCUGCGGGCGGUUGGUGUCUCAAAUCCAUCCAGAGGCAAUGGAGACAACAAGAGGGUUUCAUCAUCCCUAUCACCUUCUCCCUCCUCCUCACCGCAUCAUUCUCUGCCUCCAUCACCAUCACCAUCUCCAUUUUCACCUUUAUUGGCGCCAUCCGAUUCGCCGUUGUCAGCAUCACCAUCAUCAAUUUCCCUAUCGCCAUCCUCAUUAGAGUCUCCAGUAUCUUCCCCGUCACAAUCUCCCUCCAAUAUCUUUCUGACUCCUUCAACCUCACCUAUUUUAGCACCAACUCCUGCUUCAACAGUUCCAGCUAAUCCACCAACAAUAGUAUCUACACCAACAGGAUCCCCCAUGGCUCCCAAUCCUUCCCCUGAUUCAACUCCAAGCGACGUAGCUAAAAAGAACUCUAAGACAAAGCAUACUGUUCUAGUUUUGGUUGGAAUUAGCGGGGCUGGCUUAUUCAUUUUGGCUUCAGUCAUUGGCAUUGUUUUCUCCAGAACCAGUAAGGUUGUUGCGGUGAAACCCUGGGCAACUGGGCUAAGUGGGCAGCUGCAGAGAGCAUUUAUAUCAGGUGUACCAAAGCUCAACCGGUCAGAACUUGAAGCAGCUUGUGAAGAUUUCAGUAAUAUAAUUGGUUCUUUACCAAAUGGGACUGUGUAUAAGGGGACUCUUUCAAGUGGGGUGGAAAUAGCUGUAACAUCUAGUGCAGUGACAUCUCCUGAAGACUGGACAAAAAAAUUGGAAGCCCAGUUCAGAAAAAAGAUAGAAACAUUAUCAAAGGUGAACCAUAAAAACUUUGUGAACCUCAUUGGGUAUUGUGAAGAACAGAAGCCGUUCACAAGAAUUAUGGUUUUCGAGUAUGCUCCAAAUGGUACACUAUUUGAGCAUUUACACAUAAAAGAAGCAGAGCACUUGGACUGGGGAAUGAGACUCCGAAUAGCUAUGGGCAUGGCAUACUGUCUGGAGUAUAUGCACCAGUUGAGUCCACCUAUAACCCACAAAAACCUGCAAUCCUUCUCUAUAUACCUGACUGAAGACUAUGCAGCCAAAAUAUCAGAUUUCAGUUUUUGGAAUGAUAUAUUUGCAACCAAGAAGGAAUCAUCUGUUCUGGAGCUUUUGGAAAUCCCAUCAGUGGAACCAGAAACCAAUGUUUACAGCUUCGGGGUAAUCUUGUUUGAAAUGAUGACAGGGAGGAUUCCAUACUCUGACAAUGACUAUCUUGCAGACUGGGCAUCUGACUAUCUAAAAGGAGAGCAACCCUUGAAAGAAAUGGUGGAUCCAACUCUAAAAUCUUUCCAAGUGGAUGAGCUUGAGAAAUUGUUUGAAGUGAUAAAAGAUUGUGUCAAACCAGAUCCAAAGCAAAGACCAACAAUGAGAGAGAUCACAGCUAAGUUGAAAGAGAUCACAGCAAUGGGGCCUGAUGGAGCGACACCAAAAUUAUCUCCACUUUGGUGGGCAGAGCUUGAAAUAAUGUCUACAGAUUCAAGUUGAGAGUUGAAGUUGAGGCUCGAGUCUAAAUCUGGAAGUUUUUGUCUGCUCUUCUUUCCUGAUUCUGUUGGUUUUAGUUGCCGUGUUCGUAACUGUUCGUGUCUAAUGUAAGGCAGAGGAAGAUAAUUGUUUUGUACAUAAUUGAGAAAGAAGGAUGCUUCUGCUCCGGCUUGCUCACUUGUUUUUGUAUUUUAUUUAUUUUUUCUUUUUUGGUUGUGCUCAGGUUGUAAAAUUUCACUGUCAGAAGGUGUACCAUUAACUUUAAUAUCAAUAAAUAUUGAGUGUUUCCCGCA